CAUUCAUUUAGGACUAAUGGAGGAAAUUGGCUAAAGCAUUUAAUUCUCUAAUUUCUAUAAUCGUCUCCAGUUUAGGAGACUGAUUGGGAUUGAGAUAUACAUACAUAUAUGCAGUAGAAGAAAAAGAAGAAGAGGAAGAUGAAGAUGAAGAUGAUGAAAUUAUUAUCAGCAGAAAAAUGGUGCGAUGGUGAGGUGGAGGAGGAGGAGAGUAAUUACAAGAGGGAGGUGAUUGAAGAGGUGGUGGUGAUAGUGGGGCUGGUUGGGGUGCAAUUCGUCUACGCAGGGAAUUCCAUAUUGCUCAGUUAUUUCAUGAAAUUAGGGUUCCAUCCUUCUUCCCUCAUCAUUUUCUCCACCUUCGCUACUUCCCUCGUCCUCUCCCCUCUCUCCUUCCUCGAAAGGAAACAAUGGCCAGAUAGAAUUAGUUGCAGGUUCUUCAUCCAGGUGCUUUUACUUUCUUUCGGUGGCGUGACGGUGUUCCAAUCUCUGAUGAUGAAAGGAAUUCAUCUCACCUCCCCAACCAUUGCAACCGCCAUGCCCAAUCUAGCCCCCGGCCUCAUUUUCUUCAUCGCCUGGGCCUGCAGAUUAGAGACUAUCCGGCUCCACUGCAUCUACACCAGAGCCAAGCUCGCUGGCACCUUCCUCUGCAUGUCCGGUGCCUUUCUAAUGUCUCUGAUGCAGAGUGCUCAUGCAGCCGAGGCGGCUUCUCCAGCUGAUUACCAGCUGCUCGACGCCGGCACCCUGCUUGGUUGCCUCUACCUCAUCGCCGCUGUUUUUGUCCUUUCCAGCCAAGUCGUUCUCCAGGCAAUAACUCUAGGGGAGUUUCCGGCGCCAAUCACACUCUGCGCGGUGACUGCAGUUGUGGGAAUGGCAAUUACAGCAGCCGUCCAUAUGGCAGAGGAGCAGAGAUGGGAGUUGGGAUGGCCAGCAAUGACGAUUCCAGAUAUGAUCACCUAUGCCAUAGUGGCGGGGAGCGCAGGGGGGACAAGCGUGGUGAUAAACGCAUGGGCAACGAGGAAAAGAGGGCCGCUGGUGGUGUCAAUAUUCAACCCUCUCAGUACACUCAUUUCUGCUGUGGUCUCCGGGGAUUUCAUUGGGGUUGGAAGCUUGACAGGGAUGUGCCUGAUGUUCACUGGUCUCUACUAUGCGCUUUGGGCUAAAGGAAAGGAGGAUUUGGCCGUCAACCAUCACGACUGUGAUCACAUCGACACCAUGCCUCUUUUAGCUUGACCACUAGGGUAGGGGAAUACAUAGAAGUGGUGCCAUUUCACUACUUGAAGCAACAAUGCUGCCUUCAUCCAAAUCCAAGACAGACAUCAAAAUCACCUCCAACGACAUCAUCAUUGUGAUCGACUGAUCGCAACCAAAUCAAUCUCAAUCUCAAUCUCAACCUAAAGCUACAGCAACUGGCAAACAAUUCUAAGACUUGAAAUGACUAAAGGGGUGCAAGGUGAAGAACCUGAGAAGGCGUAAAAACUAAGAGAUGUGAGCUUGAAUGGAGGAUGGCUUCAAGUGGGGAUUUCUUCAACUACUGGCUAUGUUCGCCCAAGAAAAAGGGAUGGAUUCAAGAUUGAAAAACACUAAAGAUUCACAAGCUUGAAAUGAAAUUUCCAAGUAUACAAUACAGGCAAGAAAAUUCAUACAGGGUUGUUCCGAAUACUUACGGUUUCCAGAUAUAUAUAUAUAAUACUAGUAGAUCGAUUAGGAUACAGAUUGGUGCUUUUCUUAUUGCAAUCGGUGGUAGCUGUUUGCAUUUUUGGUAUAUGAAAUUGCCUACUCUAUUGAUUGUGAACUAGAUGAAUGCAAAUUGAUCCUAGAGUUAGAUGUUAA